AUGUUUGGUUGCGCUUUGAAUGAGGGGCCAUCAUCCCCGGCGGUUCGAGCUGGAAAAUACACUUGAAAGCCUCCGCUGGAUGCAUUCAACAUGAACUCGCCAGCUUUACUGGCAGCUACCUGAGCGACUGAGCCGCGCCUCUGCAGGUUUCACCUGGAUGACCAUUGCUUUGCUCCCCAUGUGUUGUGGUUGCAUUCUAUAUUUUGCAACACUCCUCAGGACAGUGCCUCUUGACUUCACAUUCCUCCAUAAUUAAGCAGAUCUAUUUGGAAGAAUUAAAUAAGCACCUUAAGAAACAUUGAAACUCUGACCACCAACACCACUGAGCGUCAAAUACUUUAGAACCAUGUCCUCCAUCCUCCCUUUCACUCCCCCGGUUGUCAAACGCCUCUUGGGAUGGAAGAAGACUCCUGCAAGUAGCGGAGCAGCAGGGAGUGGAAUAGGAGGAGUUUCAGAGCAGAAUGGAGGACAGGAGGAGAAAUGGUGUGAGAAAGCCGUCAAGAGUUUGGUGAAGAAACUGAAGAAGACUGGGCAGCUGGAUGAGCUGGAGAAGGCUAUAAGCACUCAGAACAGUAACACUAAGUGUGUCACAAUUCCCAGCGAUUGUGCCGAUCUGUGGGGUCUAGGUUCAGGCCACACUAUAGAGCAGUGGGACUCUGCAGGCAUGUAUGGAUACCAUGAUCACAGAUCCCUGGAUGGACGUCUCCAGGUGUCCCACCGUAAAGGUCUGCCUCAUGUCAUCUACUGUCGACUCUGGAGAUGGCCGGACCUCCACAGCCACCAUGAGCUGAGGGCCAUCGACGCCUGCCAGUUUGCUUUCAACCUUAAGAAAGAUGAAGUUUGUGUUAACCCUUACCACUACCAGAGAGUGGAAACACCAGUGCUUCCACCAGUGUUGGUGCCACGUCACACUGAGAUCCUGACAGAGCUUCCCCCUUUAGAUGACUUCACCAACUCUAUCCCAGAAAACACCAAUUUCCCUGCUGGCAUUGAUCCUCCUAAUAACUAUAUACCAGAGACUCCUCCGCCUGGUUACAUCAGUGAAGAUGGAGAGACCAGUGACCAACAGAUGAAUCAAAGUAUGGAAUCAGGUUCACCAGCAGAACUCUCACCAAACCCUCUUUCACCUGUCAAUCACGGCCUUGAUCUUCAACCAGUCACCUACAGUGAGCCGGCGUUCUGGUGCUCUAUAGCGUACUACGAGCUCAACCAGCGAGUUGGAGAAACCUUCCAUGCUUCCCAGCCUUCUCUCACUGUGGACGGUUUCACCGACCCGUCCAACUCUGAACGCUUCUGUCUGGGACUUCUCAGCAAUGUCAACAGGAACGCAACUGUCGAAAUGACAAGGAGACAUAUCGGUCGUGGCGUGAGGUUAUACUAUAUCGGCGGGGAGGUUUUUGCUGAAUGCCUCAGCGACAGUGCGAUUUUUGUCCAAAGUCCUAAUUGUAACCAGCGAUACGGCUGGCACCCAGCAACUGUUUGCAAGAUCCCACCAGGCUGCAACCUGAAGAUUUUCAACAACCAGGAGUUUGCUGCCCUGCUGGCCCAGUCAGUCAACCAGGGGUUUGAGGCAGUUUACCAGCUGACACGGAUGUGCACCAUCAGAAUGAGCUUCGUCAAGGGCUGGGGUGCCGAGUACAGACGUCAGACAGUCACCAGCACUCCCUGUUGGAUCGAGCUGCAUCUGAACGGACCCCUGCAGUGGCUGGACAAGGUCCUGACUCAGAUGGGCUCGCCCUCUGUCCGCUGCUCCAGCAUGUCUUAAACCAGGUCCGACCGCCACUCAGCCAACAUGUGAGACCAGUGUCCUGAAGCUCGGCGCCGCGGGCUCUGAACCUGAUGUUGUUGUGACAUCGUUCUGUAGCCGACGGACCUGGAGCGACAUCAGUAGCGGAACAUCAAUAGUCAUCACGUUGGGUUCUUGUGGAUCAUCGUCAUGCUGACUUUGCAGUAAAGCGUGGACCUAACUUCUCCUGCAAUACAAAGCCAGUGAUGUCAUAUCGGACCACAUUAAUGUUUCAGGUAUUCGACUGAGGUGCUGCUCCGGGACGUGGGCGGAGCUUCUGCCACUCGGCGACACGACGACUUUCUAGCCACAGGACAAUCUUUUUUCACCAUUUUUGGACCCUUACUAGCUUCCGACCCCAGCACAAGUUGGAUCCACGUCAAGAGUUUUCGUUUACACUGCGGAACUACAGUCACGGGUUGAACCAAAGCCGAUAACUUGCAUGGACACGCUUCUUGGUUCCGGAGACCAAAAUUUCAACUUACUCCUGCGUCUUUUCUAGUCACUCCAGCGGCGCCGUUUUAGCUCCACGGUUUUAAAACGCACAGUCUUCCCAUUGUUACACACACAUAUUCUUCAACAUCAACACAGCACCCUCUCUUGUGUAGUUGGAACACACUCGAGGCUUUCUCUGGACGACAUCAGAUCAUGGCGCGAGGGGAGUGUGUCCUGAUGUAGUGAGCGUGCACUUGUGCCUGUUUGUUUUCAAGGGUGCUCCCACCAUGUCAUGGGUAAACCUGGUGGAACCACACACACACACACACACACACACACACACACACACACACACACACACUUCAGCCAGCCGAACAUGCUUUCAACCCCGGGUGAACUUCACUCACUGAGACUUAGUCUCCAGCUUUAAUGUCGCCCCCUGCUGUCCAACAGUGAUCAUUGAAGCCUCCCAACAAGGAGAAUCGAAUUGAAUUGCACAGACUUUCCCUCCAAAUUGAUAGAAUAUGAGUAAGAAUAGGUCCAUGGUGUGGGACUUUAUUAUGGCCUCGAAACUGAAUUGCACUUCCCUGAAUCAUGCUCCCUUAGCAGUAGAGUUGCCUUUGAUGUAAGAAUAAGAAAGGAAAAAACACAGCAAGAUAUGCUCCGAAAUGUACAGGUAGGAAUGUUGAAAAGCCCAAUGGAAGAAAUUAUUUUUGAAUAUAUAAAGCCUUUUUAAUAAGACUCCCCCCAAUAAAUUGUACAGCCAGUUCAAUCGUCGCUAUCUGGUCGUCCAAAUCUUUGAAGUAUCCGAGGUCGAGUUAUACCGCACAAUUAUGGCUUUACUUCAAGCAUCCUUUCUUUCUUGUAUAGUCGUUUAUUUUUUAUUGCUAUGAAUACACUUUAAAUCCACUUUGCUUUUUACUGCUUUGUAGCUUUUAUAAUCGGCAGUUAUCUUCGGAGGUGAUCGCUCCCGCCGCGGGUCACAAUUCCCACCGUUCUCAUCCCAAAGACUUGUAAAGGACAGUUGUCGCUCAAAUUUCCGUUUUUGUUUUUUCCAAUUUUGACUUCAUUUGAAGGUUCACAGACAAUGUCGUCCCAACAUUCCAGUUUGUAGGACCAGUGUGUUUACAUGGCGUAGAUCAGUGACGGGACCUGUAAAUAUGUGUACACACACACACACACACACAAACUCCUCCAGUCACAUUCCAGGUUUCUCUUUUAUCCCCGAGAUGGUCUGAACUGGACGUCUGGUGCAUGUGAACACGUUUAUGUCACGAUUCUGUGCAUCGUUUUGCAAGGGGGGGGUCGUCUUCAUCAGUGUCUCAUCAUCUGAAAUGCAAAUGUUUGAGUCCACUUUUUUGUUCUAUGCAGCGACAUCUGAUUGAAGCCUUUCUCUCAUUCUUCUUUGCUUCAACGAGUGCCACCUCCCGUCGUCCUUCACUCACGACAGGUGAAGACUUCAGUGUAAAGCCACAGCCACUGUUGCUACUUUCACUCAGAUUCCCUUUUGUGAUAGACAAUUGUGAACUCACCUGCAAACCUGCCUCUUUUGGUGGAGAGAGACAAGGUGUUUGGUGGUGAAGUGAAGUUCCCCUCAUGUCACUAGUGAUGUUAAUUGUAGUUUGUGCUUUUUUUUUCCUUUUUUUUUUUCUCUCCUUACAUGGAACAUGCUGUUUCUCUUUUGUGCUUUCCACAGAGCGUAUUAUCAAUAGAAGUCAUGCUGGUAGGCCUUUUUUUUCUUUUGUUUUCUUUUCAUGCAAUCGCUGAUGAUGACCAUGUUUCUUCAUAUACAGACAACUUCUGACAGUGUACACUAA